AUGCUCUUCGUCUCUCGUCAUUCUUUUCAAUUUCCAGUGAUCUCGCGCGAUCACGAGGUUAAAUCUUUGGACAGCCAACCACUUGACGCAGCGCGAGAUUUGGAACGACUGCAACAAGAAGUGGCGCAAUUGUCGUUGUUUUCCUCCAACGAAGGAUUGGAGGAUGUCAGUACCAAGUCGUUGCCCUUGUUGGCUCUGGAACAUCAUCUGGCACUGGCGUAUACGCGAUUGCCCAGUGGCCGCGGUCAAAUGAAUGAACGGCAAUCGCAGUUGCGACGCAGUGUCGAUUUGUGGGCGGCCUUUUUGCACAAAUUGGAGACCCUCGAGUCCAACAGCAGUAGUAGUAAUGAUGAUUUCCAGCUAGUGACACCGGCCGAACAAAAGGAAUAUCAAAUGCUGCUGGAAUGUUCAUCGUCGACCACAACCACAGAGGAUGACAACAACAAUUCACAACAACCACCUCAACUUCCCGCGGCCAAUCGAGACGACAAGAUUGCUCGUUUCAAAGCCAAACAACAAGCGCAAAAAGAAGUGGAACGACUGAAAUCACUGCGAGAACGACGCAGUCGAAUAGGAGUAGCGGCAGAAGAAGUCAUGGACGAAUUUGAUGAAGAAACGUUGGAUCGCAGUGUCGCCAUGACCAAUCUACUCUUGGCCAAAGCAGAAGCACUGGAAGAAUGGGCAUCCACACUGCGAGAACUCCCCAUGAUUGCUCGCAUGGUACAAAUGGAACAAGAUAGAAUGGAAGGACGAAUGCAGCCACCACCACAACGAGCAACCGCUUCGGGGUUGCAAGUGACGCACAUUACGCUCGAUGGCGCUAAUAAUAAUCAAUUGCAAUUCAAACGAGAAGAAAUCAAAUCGCAAGUCUUUCGACCGGGAUGGAAUCAACCCACCAUGAGUUUACACGAAUUGGCCGAUCGAGAACGUGCCGAUGCCAUUGCACGAGGAGAACGACAAAAGGCAGCCGAAGCCAAUCAACAGUUACAGCCACGACGAUACGAUCAGCUGCAGCGAGAUGGGCUGGAGGAUAAUGCCAAUGCCGUCGAUGCCAGUGCGGCCCUCGAUCAAGCAUGGGAUGAUUGGAAAGAUGAAAAUCCAAGAGGAAGUGGUAACAAGCGAGGAGAUCAAGGUGAUCGGAAUUUUUAA